AUGCUGAACAUUGUAGCAAUCUACGCGAUCAGAAAGACUUUGUCCUUGUCCAAAAAUUUCAAAACAUUGCUUCUGAGUCUGGCUGUUUCUGAUCUUGGUGUUGGUUUACUAGUUCAGCCAAUGUUUGUUGCAUUUAUCAUGGACUCUCAACAAAAUAAUGCAACCAAUGACACUGAUAAUGUCAUAUAUCUCGCGUUUCUUAUUCCGGUGAAUUUGUUCAUUGAUGCGUCAUUGUUUAGUGUCACCGCUCUCUGUGUAGACAGAUUUUUGGCAAUUUACCUCCACCUCAGAUACCAGGAACUUGUGACACACAAUCGCGUUGCUGCUGUAGUGGUCUCCAUCUGGGUGAUAAGCGCACUUAUUUCACUGAUCAUGUUUUUUAUCCCAAAAAGUAUCAUGUAUGUGAGUAUCGUCGCUAUUAAAUUGGCCUGUAUUAUAACUGCAACUUCCCUGAGCGUCAAACUUUAUCUAACUCUAAGACGCCACAUAAACAAAUUUCAAGUCCCACAGGUAGCGCACAAUGACCAAGUCGAAAGUGUUCAAAGAAAAAAGAAAUCUGCUGUGGCAUCGCUUUACGUGUAUCUGGUUUUCAUAGUUUUCUAUUUGCCCAAUACUUGUAGAUUAUUUAUUACCGCUUCCAUUCCCGAAACAAGGAUCGAUGUAAAACAUUUGAGAAUUUAUACUCUGACUCUACUGUUUCUUAAUUCAACCCUCAAUCCAUUAAUCUACUGUUGGAAGAUGAAACGCAUCCAGCACACUAUUGUAGGAACACUUCGAAAUCUUUUUUCAAGUCCCACCUAGAGAAAGCUCCACCAUAGACCAUGACGAACAGAGGCCUAAAAGCGCCUUAUAAAGUCAUCCUCAUACGGUCCUUAUACGGUCUGUAACUACAUGAAGCCAUGCCACUGAAAUGCUUUGCGAAUUACCUUUGACGUAAUUUCCAAGAUACAAUCCACGCCAUCAUCAUUCAGUUUUUAAACGUCCUUAUGCAAAGUUUUAGUUAAAAAAAUUCCUUACCUUUGUAGAAUGAAUCUUUAAAAGCGCGAUUGACACACUUCGCAGUGUCUUAAUGAUGAAAGAGUGAGCCAGUUCACGAGCUAAAUGCCUUAAGUUUCUUCACCACGUAACCUUUUCACUGUGUUACAACCUAACAACGUUUAAAUCGUCAUGCAGCAAAGGUUUUGUGGAAAUCGAUCUUAACUGAGAUGAUAUAGUUAGUGUCAUUAUUGCAUUUUAAAUGUUGGUGAAGCUAAGCAAAAUAACACACUCGUAUUUAACGUUAACAGAUAAGAGGUUUCAUAUGAACCAUUUUCUCACUGAAAAGCGUAAGUGAAAUUCAUACCCCAAUAAAAAAUUUAAAAUAUUUAAAGUGUACGAGAUUUUUCUUAAUAAAAGGUGAGAGGAAGUAUGAUACACACCUUCCUUAAAACUGUUCACGUUUAUAACCCUUAAGAUAUUAUGGUUUAACAGUUUUCGUCUCAAAAAAACAUAUGUAUUGUCAAAUCCGUCUUGGUAUUUUGUAUUUCAGUAAGCAACAUUUCACCAAGGAUAAUAAUGAAAAGAAAAGCCACGGCCGUAGAAACGAAACCACCCUUUACCUCCGUCUAAAGACAUGCCGAAAAUUUCCCCCAGAAACGAGAACAACACCCUUUAACUAGCCUGCGACAAAGCUCUCUAUUUUGGGCGAGUCGCGAAAAGUCACGCGAGUGCGAGGGGCAGAGUGAGAGGCGCGCUCUCUCUCUAGCAGGCUAACUUCAACAGCUGUCUUACGCGCUAAUCAUUUUCAUGAUAAUUUCGUUCGAUUGUGGAACCUUAACGCUUUUCGCGGUUUACAAGCUUUAUUAAUUACUGAUACUAUAUUUUCACUUCAAUUCUGACCUAGAAAGGUCUGAAAUAGCUUCCAACAGGAUCCUGAAGCAGAGAGGGAAUUCGUGAAAAUAACGCGUUCUCACCUAAAUAUGAAUUGUUGGUGCUAUUUCCCCUAUAAAUUUUAAUGAAUAUGAUGUUCUUUUAAAAUACAGCAUCUGGAGCAUACACAAGGGUGAAGGACAGUUUUGUUUUUUUUUCGCUUUCGCUCGUUCGGAUGCAAUAUAGCCAUAUAGUGGCCCCAAUGAAGAAAAAAAAAUUCAAAUAUGGCUUAACUGUCAAAGGCGGGAAAAAUGGUGGGGCAACUUUCCUGUGUUUCAGUUGAAAUUACUUUAAACAGAACUUCCUGUUUUUAAACUGACAUGAAGCUAACAAAAACACAUAACAAUUUUACAAUUUGCCUUGCAAAUAACCCAGAGAUCUAUUCUGACACUUAGACCAUCAAUACUAAAUGAUCAGAAGCUGCAUCAUUGUGUUCAGAUGAAAUGUUUCAUAUAGUGGCCCAGUUAAAGAAGAAUUUAGUCAGAGUACUUAUCAAACGCUACCUUAUUGAAAGCAGUGGAGUUCUAAAAAUAAGUCAAUCCGCUACGAAGCUCUGGUAGAAGAAGUCCACGAAACUGAUUCUACUGAAUUC